UUUACACACUUGCAAGAAUAUUCACCUUAAACACAGACCCGAGACCAGUGCACCUCUAAAAAUGUCUCCCCUGGCUGCCACUAAACUGCUCUGAGAGCAUACAAUGUAAUCAGAUUAGCGUGGAGGCAGGAUUACCCGCAAAAGCAGAUGGAGCGAUGAGGUGGUCUCCAGGUUUCCUUAGAGCCAAUGAGAGCAAGAUAAAGAUGGAUUAAAAACUCACAUUGUCCUAGCGUAAAAUGCUGAUGCCACCACAAUAAAACACAGGAGGAAAAGGUUGGAAUUGUUGACAAAGCAGGCUACUUUAAACUGGCUGAUUGUGCAUCAUUGGUGUUAUGUCGCCCAUGGUGGAUGAAACUGCGGGGGAUCUCCCAGUCCGAGAUGUGGGUCUCAUGAGGGGUGGACUUAUGCCCACUCUUCCAGAUUCCAUAAGUGAAGUGAAGCCAUGGAAGAAGCAUCACAUCAUGAUUUCAAAAGAUCCUCAACGGCUAUUUCGCCUCCCCAGGGAGCACUUGGAGGAUCUUUGCCUCCACGUGCAAGAAGAGAACGUUGUGCUGAGAAAGCACUCACGAGCGCAGGAGCAGAAGAUGCGCAGGAUGUCCACCAGACUAAUGCGUCUGCGUCAGACUUGCCCAAGCUCUGGCAGUGCCAAGGAAAAGGACAUGGAGGACACGUUGCAGGAACUGGAAACCCGCGUAGCCACGCUGGAGAGCCAGAAAGCUGCUUUACACAACAAACUGAGCCUGGCCAAGCAACAAAUUUUGGACCUAGGGUCUCGCACUCCUUAUAAAUUCAGCAAAGGUAAAAGUACAGAAGUAGAAGUGGGAGUCAGAAGAGCAACCCACACAGCCCCACCCCGCUACUGUCCCACAAUGGAAGACAACAAAGUAGUCACGGACAAAUUUGUGGGCGAGCAGAUGAGGGUGAUGGAGCUCGAGCUGACCGCCCGGACACUCCGGGACACACUCCGAGAUAAAGAAAAAGAAAUAGAGGGAACUGUGAGAGAGAUGAAAAGGCAACAGGCAGAAAGGCACAGGAUAAACAUCAGAGAGAACGUGGAUGUGAUCUGUCUACAAAAGCAGCUAUCGGAGAAGAGCGCCAGUCUGAGGGUCACACAGGAGAAGCUUGCUGAUCUGCAACAGGCCUAUGAGAAUCAGCUGGAGGAGAGUCAGAGGUCCCUGAGGGAAAGUCAGACUCUUCUUCUGGAGAAAGUGGAAGAACUGAAUGAGCAGCUGAAGCAGGAAAGGGACAGAGCACUCAAACUGGAGGCUCAGUCUAUGAGCGUCAACCUGCCUUUACAAAACCUGAAUGAGCUACAAGAUCGCAUAAGAGACCUGGAGGGAGAGAGGGAUCGGAUAAAAGAAAACUAUGACUCCCUGCUUGAGAGCACUUUCACCAAUUACAGCAACCGUGACAGCCACAUUGACAAACACAGGGACGUGGACGAGGAGCCAGAGAACGAAGUCUGCAAGAAGGACAGCAACAUUUUGGCAAGGACGCUGGAAAAUGAGAGAGAAGCGAAAGGCAGACUGGAAACAGAGAUGGAGAAGCUCAUAAAAGAGAAGGAAAUGCUGGAGGAGCAUCACAAUGACAAACUGCACCAUCUGGAAGAGGAGGUUCUGCAGUACAAAGAACAGAUAUCAUGCCUGCAGACCAGACUGGACUCUGUCACCAAGGAGUUCGACCUGACCGAUGAAGAACUCAGUGAAACACUUUUACAGAUUAAGGCGUUCCGAAUGCAGCAGGAGAACAGGGAGGGUUUACGUUUCCUUGGGCCUGACGGUGAGAAUGGGCACCCCGAACUGACAAAAAUCCAGGCAUCGCAUGCUGAGACCGUGUUGGAGUUGCAGAAAACUAGGAGACUUCUUUUACUGGAGCACCACAUUAGUAAAGACCUACAGGGGGAGUUGGAUACUGUCAAAAAAAGACUGGAACUAGAAAGGCAGGAAGUGAUGAAGUCAGUGGCAGAAAAAAACAAAGUUUUAUCUAAAAGAGCGCUCCAGAUCAACACUUUACAAGCCCAAUUGAAGGCCCUUGCUUAUAGUAAGAAAAACCACAAAGGAACAAUGCCAAUACAGUACACGUGGCCAGCGGGAAACCAGGAAGUAGCCCAGCCCUUUGAGGAUGACAUUUCAUGCGCUCCACUGAGGCUUGGUGAAUCCCUAUUGGAACUCCACAUUAAAGUUGCCACUUUUACCCCAGGUGGCCUUCAGAAUAUGGACAAUUUUCAAGUAGGCCAAGCUGAAGACAUAGUGACCUUUUGUACCUACAGCCUUUUAGACUUUGAAGUUCACUCCACGCCUCUGGUUGCGGGAAGCCAACCCAACUAUGACUUCAACUCCCACUACGCUUUGACAGCCCACGAUUUGGCCAGGCUUCGGGUCCAAGGCUCAAGGGUCAGAGUGGAGCUCCACCAGGCAUUGGGAGGUGUUCGCUUUGUGACACAUGGAAGUGGCCACUUGUCCCUCAUCGGUGCCAUGGACAGGAUAGGGGAGCGCACAAAUGGCUGUGUCAACAUCACAGGCCCUGAGGGAGAAAUAGUUGGUGUUGUGGAUUUCUGGGUGCGCUUGUUCCCGCCUGCUGAGCCCAAAGAGGGCAUUUUGGCAAGAGACAGCGAGGGUAUUGCUGCGACAAAGACCAUACCGACUCACCUCACACUGGGCUGGGGCGAAGGCGAUCACACACAAGAAUUGUACGACUAUGGCAGUGGAGUCCCCAAUGAGGUGCUUCUGUUACUGGAGCACUGUGAAGGCCUCAGUGGGCGAUGGCCGGGGUUACUUCCGGAUGCAUACCUGACCUACAGGCUCUACGAUUUGCAGCCACACGUGUCCAAAACCAUCCGCGGAACUGCAGACCCAAUAUUCCAUGACACUGCCAGUUAUCCACUUGCAGUCACUGCAGAUGUGUUGCGCUACCUGCGGUCAAGCAGUCUUUGGGUGUAUGUGUUUGAUGAGAGCGAUGACCAGAUCCCACCGGCCUACCUGGCUAAAACACCCAUCCCACUGAGAGCACUUUCGACAGGCAAGGAGAUCACAGGCGAUUAUGUGCUGCGCGAUCCAGCAGGGGGUCCUCGGGGGAAGGUAAGAGUGCUGAUUAAAUGGAAAUACCCAUUUCAACCACUAGCAGAUGCAAUGGGAAACAGAGAGAGGAGGCGAGACGAAGAAAAAGUGUCACAGAGGCCGAUAGCGAAGCCCAGAGUCAAGACACAGCAACUUUUGGCAGGAGAGCCCAAAACAAGACAGAAGAACGCAAAAGCUUAUCCCACAUCCGACUACAUGAAAACAGUCACAACCAAAAGAUCCGACGAAAGGUCAGCUGGCCUUUACGGCAAGGGACCCCCUAUUAGGUCUUCUGAGUCACAAACAAAAUCUUCAGAGAACUCUUCCAGAGAAUCACUGCUGAGAAAAAGCUCUGCUACUAAGGCUGCUACUCACAGCAUUCCUUCUGUGGAUGUGGUGUCAGUGGAUGAAGUGGAGGAGCUGGAGGAGGAGAAAAAAGAGGAUGGGAGCAAAAGUGGUAUUGAAGAACCGUCAGAGUCUUCAGAUACCUCAACAAGCGACCUCCUCAUCAUUCCAUCCAAACGAAAGACAAGAACGGGCAAUAAACUGAGAGUGGAGAUCCUGUCCUUGACAUUUGAACCCUCCUCUUGUGUGGCGCUGGAUAACUCGGUACAGCGCGUAUACGUGGAAUAUCGGCUGCUUGGUGUCCCCAUGGAGACCACCGAAACGCCAAUGUCCCUCCGCAAACCUACGAAAGGGGAAGAGAUACACUACAACUUCACACGAGUCAUCUACGUGGAUGGUUCACUGUCAGCUCCACUUAGACAGUAUCUGUACACCAUGUUGGAGGGCAGCGACCCUAACAAGCGCUGGUUGAAGUUUACAAUUGUCAGCGAGCCGAUGGACGAUUCUGAGGAAUGUGCGGAUGUCGGAUAUGCUUUUCUGGAUCUGCAGGAGCUGCUACUGACAGGAAAUGAUGUCUUUGAACAGCAAAUUGCCAUUGUGCGUGUGGAUGAAGAUCAGGAGGUGAUUGGAUUUCUGAAAGUGUCACUGGAGGCAGCAACAGCUCUGAGCUGUAUUUACAAGGAGUUUCACCUGCCGGAUGAUACGGAAGAUGACAGUGAGAAUGAAGAAGAGGAAGAAGAGGAAGAGGAGGAGCAGCAAACAUAAACUGAAUUAAAAUCAAACUAAGAAACUGGUUGAAUAAUACCUAUACUUUUAUAUAGGGUUUAUGUGUGUGUCUGUGUUCUCUUGUUGUAUACGCGUUUGUAUAACAAUAAAAGUCCUUUUAUAGAUUGGCACAGGAAAUCAUAUUAGCUGUAAAUGCUGUGAUGAUGCAGAUUAGAGAUACGUUUCUCAAAUAAGUAUGUUGUAGCAUCUGACUUUUUAAAUAAACAUGAAGGGGGAAAAGGGAGAAAAUUCAUGAAUGAUGACGAUUGACAUUUUGGAAAAAUAUGGUUAAAGAUUUGAUCAACAUUGUGUACAUAUGCGACUAAAAAGCACUGAACUACUGAAGCCUUUGUAUUGGCCAAUUCAUUGUUACCCUUUACAGGGCACUCAUUGAACUUUGUGAACAAAUUGCUUUUGUUGUUAAUUGUGUUAUACGUACAUACUGUAAGUGAAACACAUGCCAUGUUUAUGAAAUGUUUAACAAUAUUUGAUUAAA